AUGAAUCCACACCCGAGUAGUACCAUGUCAGCAGCUUCUAAACUAGCCAUGCACAAGGAUUCACAUGUAGUAUCAAAGUUCAAGCCAAAGAUAAGCAUAAUCCACAUACUUGCACCAGAAAUCAUAAAGACAGAUGUAGAAAAUUUUCGAGAGCUGGUCCAGCAACUGACUGGAAAACCUACUGACAGGAAAGGUAAAAAUGAGACAACAAGUGCUGAAUCAGAAAGUUGCAUGCACAUUUCGCACAAUGGAGGAGACAGGAUGAAGAAGGAAAGCGAGCAAAUAUGUGGCAGUGAGAAUUCAAUUGGUUUCAUAGGUGGGUUCGGAGAAAUGGAUGAUUUAGUUCAAGACCUGACUCAAAUUCCUUUGCUUCCUCUAAAAUCUUCUCAAUUUAACAUAUACGGAGGGAUGCCACUUUUCCAGUGA